CAUGGCGGAUACAGCGACUACAGCAUCGGCGGCGGCGGCGGCGGCGGCGGCUAGUGCCGCUAACGCCUCGACCGAUGCACCGCCUUUCCAGCUGGGCAAACCCCGCUUCCAGCAGACAUCCUUCUACGGUCGCUUCAGGCACUUCUUGGACAUCAUCGACCCUCGCACACUCUUUGUCACUGAGAGACGUCUCAGAGAGGCUGUGCAGCUGCUGGAAGACUACAAGCAUGGGACCCUGUGUCCGGGGAUUACUAACGAGCAGCUCUGGAGUGCACAGAAAAUCAAGCAGGCUAUUCUACACCCGGACACCAAUGAGAAGAUCUUCAUGCCCUUUAGAAUGUCAGGUUACAUUCCUUUUGGGACGCCAAUUGUGGUUGGUCUUCUCUUGCCCAAUCAGACAUUGGCAUCCACUGUCUUCUGGCAGUGGCUGAACCAGAGCCACAACGCUUGUGUCAACUAUGCAAACCGGAACGCUACGAAGCCUUCACCUGCAUCCAAGUUCAUCCAGGGCUACCUGGGAGCUGUCAUCAGCGCCGUCUCCAUCGCUGUGGGCCUUAAUGUCCUGGUUCAGAAAGCCAACAAGUUCACCCCGGCCACCCGCCUUCUCGUCCAGAGAUUUGUGCCGUUCCCCGCCGUAGCCAGCGCCAAUAUCUGCAACGUGGUCCUGAUGCGGUACGGGGAGCUGGAGGAGGGGAUUGACGUCCUGGAUGGCGAUGGCAACCUCGUGGGUUCCUCCAAGAUCGCAGCCAGACAUGCCCUGCUGGAGACGGCGCUGACGCGAGUGGUCCUCCCCAUGCCCAUCCUGGUGCUACCCCCGAUUGUCAUGUCCAUGCUGGAGAAGACAGCUCUCCUGCAGGCGCGCCCCCGGCUGCUCCUCCCCGUGCAAAGCCUCGUGUGCCUGGCAGCCUUUGGCCUGGCCCUGCCGCUGGCCAUCAGCCUCUUCCCCCAGAUGUCAGAGAUCGAAACGACCCAGUUAGAGCCUGAGAUUGCCCGGGCCACGAGCAGCCGGACAGUGGUGUACAACAAGGGGCUGUGAGCGGUGGCCGGCCGGCCUGGGGAACGGAGCGUUGUCCAGGCCGGGGGUCGGGGGCAGGGAAGGAGUCCCGUGGGCUGCACCUGCAGGGAGAGGCCAGCUGACCCCCCAGUCCUGGGCUACCUGCGGGAGCCCUCCCCCGACAGUGGUAGGGAGACUAAUCUAUUCACACUUUAACAUAAGGGAGAGGAAUUCUGACACAUUUACUAUGAAAAAUAAUCAAGUGCAUUUCUGGGCCUUACGUGGGGUUUUCAAAACUCUACUUAGCACAAUUAUGUGUGAAGCUGAAAAAUUGUAGAGUGCCCAUGGGGUAGGAUUAGGAUCCUUUUAUACUUUGGUUUCUUUUUUCUUUUUCUUUUUUAUCAGAAUCAAGCCUUGGGUGCAGCUGCCCGGAUGCAACAGGUGGUGGGAGGAGUAGGCCUGGUGGCCUUGGUGGCCUGGCUGGUAGAUUUAAGAUGUUACUGUGGCCAGGUCCGAUAGCUCCCUGGGC